GAGGAAUGGGGAAAGAAUUGCAUUGUACUGUACAAAACUUUGUCAAACUGGUCAAAAUUGACUUGGGUUUAUAGAUUUGGCAGUUAGGAAAAAUUCUAAAUAUAUUUGUAUUGUUACAUGUUUGGUAAGUUUGAUUUUGAUUGGCAAAUUCAAACUAAAAAUAAUCAAAAGACAGAAAUGGGAAAUUAUGGUGGUGAGUUUUAGAAGAAUUAUUUUCAAGGAUAUCAUCAUGUUAGUAUUAGAACUUGAAGCAAACCUUGUGCAAUGGUUAACUGGAAAUUGCUCUAUUUUAGGGAUUUUUUCAGGAACUACCCAUUAUGUCAUUAGCAGAUUGAGGAACCAGUUAGCCAAGGGAAAUGUGCUGCUUAGGCAUUGCUCCCAUGAAUUAUUUUGUGAUGAAAAUAAUGUUUGUGUCCUCACAUCCCACGAAUUUAACGACAGUGUAAUCUCUGUGAUUUCUUAAUAAUGAUAAGCGUGGCACUGUUAGAGUGGUGAUAGUGGCAACAUCCAAGUGGAGAGUUUCCCACGGUUGUGACAGCAGAUGUUGGCAGCAAACAAUGAAAUGAACCUUUUCUAUUCAUUCUGUUUCCUGUGAGCAAAUAUUUUGUUCCUCAUUGUCUAUCACAAAACCCUUCUGAGUGCAGCGUAGCUAUAACAAAACCUUAUUUAUCACCAGCAAUAUUUACCCUGCCUGUAAUCCAUUAUCAGCUAUUUUAUUUUAGUUCCGAACGGGACCUGCUGUUUGUUCUCUUCUGCACAGAACAAGAGAUGAACCCAAUGAAGCUGUCACCUUUGAGCUAAAGUAGAGUAUAUGUUACAUGAAAUAUUUCUUAUAUAGUUUAGUUCUGAAAACAUUGUUAAAAAUAUUGUUCCUUAUUUGCUGUUCCAAAUUAAAAAUGCAACGUAAUUAGCUACCAUCUGUUUCUUUGAACAGAUGUCCAUAUAUAUUAGCAUAUUAAUCACUUGUAAUGAGCUAAAAUCAGGGGUUUUGAGAACUUUGGUAUCAUUUUGAGUUGGUCCUUGGCUUGAUGCCUGUCCCUUCUUAGCUUGUUCCUCUUUAUGGGAUGAUUUACAGUACAACCAAGAGAUGUUCAUAAAUUCCUAUUAAACACACGGGCAGCUCAUUACUUUUUUCCUGUUUCCAAAGCAAUAUGAGAUAAAACAGAUGAAUAUGCAGUAGUUUUUUGCACUUCUCUCAAUGCUUUUUUAUCAAUUUGGGAUUUUUAUUUCAGUACAUUAAUCUGAUGUGUGUGUGUCAGAGCAUCUUUCUCAUAUCUAUAAAACAGUUCUUUCUCAAGUAUCUAUUUGCAGCAGAAACUAGAAAAGGUUUCACACUGUUCUGUAGACAGUGUGUGUGAGAACAAUGUAAAAACUUUCUAGAACUAUGUAAGUGGUUGUGCUUGCAUUAGAGUACCUGGGGCAGAGAAUCAAAGCUGCUCUGGCAGCCUGUUCUCUCCUGUGAGAGAAAACUGCUGGGAGGUAUCAGACACAGAGUCUGCCUGGCCUGGCAUCUUUUCUCCAGCAGGGCCAGCCCCAAGCAGGAGCCUAGGGUAUGGCAAAAAUAGGCAAGAAUGUAUUGUAUGGGAAAUAAUUUCUCUUUCUGGUGCUUAGUCCACAAGUCCCACCUCUUGUCUUUUCCCAGGGCUGCCUGAUGCAGUGUGGAGCAAGUGGAGAUGGAUAAGGAUUCAACAUUGAGUAGUGUCAAAGAUUGUGCUGCCAGAGAGAGGUCAGGUGUUUUCGGGUCCUAAAACUGGAACAAGAGGCAAUCUAUAAGGAUGUUCUUUCAAACUGAGAACAAUCUAGGUGGAGGACUUGGAGGAAUUCUGGACAGACAAGGCUAAAUCCCAGUGCUUAUGCAUAUCAUAGAGGAGAAAAGAAAGCACAGUGAGGGAAGAGGUGCCUUUUCCCAGCUCAGUGGUCUAGGGUGAUAUCCAUGGAGGAAUAUCACCUCCAUGGAUAGUGUAACCUGCUCUGCUCUGAUCUGGAGCAGGAAAUCCACAGAGGACCAUUGCUGCUUCACACUGUAGUUCUGGAACUGGCAAUAGCUGUGAAGCCUUUCCUUUUGGCAGCAUGGGACUGAACACUUGUGGGGAUGUAGGUAUACUCUUUUAUUUGGGAAAAAAAGAGUUCUCGAAACACUUCUUAGGAAAACUUCCUGUCUCCCAUAUCAGAUUUGUUCUGUCCUGGUACCUUGUUUUCAUGGCUACUGCUAGCACAGCAGUCGGGUGUGCUGGCGUAACAUCUGCUACCUUUUAUUUGGUUUUGAAAGCUCUUGAGCUUUUUCUCUCUCCCACAAGUCUCAUGUUAAUGUGCCUUAUAUUCAUGGCAUGGAUUACUGUGAGACUUCUGAAAGACUGAAAAUGGGAAAGUGCAGAGGCAGCUCCUCUUAGUGAUACACUAUCUUACACAUCAAAAGAGCACAGAUGAGAACAUGAGAGAUUGUAAAAACCCUCAGCUGGGAGGAGUUAGAUAAACACUCACCAGUGACCUGCCUGUUAAACCUUUUCCAGAAUGUGUGAGUCUGAGAGAUAAAGGGAGCUAUAAAGGAGGAAGCAGCUGGCAGGGCACCAGACCAAACUGACCACAGCUCCCAAAAGGUUGUGGCCCAGGUUUGAAGAGGUGCCUUCCUAAGGAAUCAGUAUGGAGCCUGAGGAGUACAGACAGAGAGGUGAGUGAUCCGUGGCUCUUGCAAAUAGGUGACAUUUGCUCGUGGAGAUCAACUGUUGUAGGGCUGUGAGUGAUACCCAAAAUUAGGAUGGACUAUAUACUCUUUACAUGUGCACUUUGCCUUGAGACUUGAAUCUGCUGAGGAAAAAAUGUGUCCCAGGGUUGAGUUUAAAUUCAUGGAUUAUGUCUGUGGGUAGCAGCCUUUUUGCUCUUACAUCUAAGAUGCUGUGGGAAAGCUGCAGAACUGUAGUUCUGAAUAAACUUGUGCUAAGGGGUUAUGCACAGUAGCUUUUCCCUGGCUUCACCCCCUGAGACUGCAGUGGUACUUGGACAGUUCUGGAGAUGGACAGCCAACUUUGGUUCCAGGGCUGGAGGAGAUUGCCUUAAAAAGUGGAGAAAGGGUGUGGAGCGAUGCAGCUGAUUUCAGAGGAUGUGAAAGUGGGUUUGCUUUAAUGACAAGGAAGUGUAGGACAUGAUGAAAAUUUAAUUCCUGUGAAAUGCAGAAAAUCUAACCUUUCAGUAACCAAACAAACUGCACUUGUACCAUGACUGUGUUUUAAAAGUACAUUUGAACUAUUUAAUGAUGGCACUGAAAAAACCCUGGGAGCCUGUUUUAGAACAUUAUUAGAUGGGACAAGUAGGGUGUAGGAGGGAGAAGCUGGGAGCAGUAUUCCAAUGCUGUUGGAAUCUCUGUCCAGUGCUAAGGACAGGUUGUGUGGAGUGCCUGUACUGCUAGUUAGUGUUUCCAUAAUUGAAACUGAAACCACUGGUUUGCCUCUUCCAGGGAAAGAGAUGGUGGAUUACAUUUGCCAGUACCUGAGCAAUGUGAGAGAGAGACGGGUGACUCCUGAUGUGCAGCCAGGUUACAUGAGAGCCCAGCUGCCAGACUCUGCCCCAAUGGACCCAGACAGCUGGGACAACAUCUUUGGAGAUAUAGAGAAGAUUAUUAUGCCAGGGGUAGUCCAUUGGCAAAGUCCACACAUGCAUGCCUACUUUCCAGCUCUAACUUCCUGGCCUUCACUCCUUGGAGAUAUGUUGGCUGACGCAAUUAACUGCUUGGGAUUCACAUGGGCCUCCAGCCCAGCCUGUACAGAACUGGAAAUGAAUGUGAUGGAUUGGUUGGCUAAAAUGCUGGGCCUUCCAGAUAAAUUCCUGCACCACCAUCCCGACAGUGUGGGUGGAGGAGUAUUACAGAGCACUGUGAGUGAAUCAACCUUGGUUGCACUGCUGGCAGCAAGGAAGAACAAGAUUCUGGAGAUGAAGGUUUCUGAGCCAGACACUGAUGAGUCCUCCCUCAAUUCUCGCCUCGUUGCUUAUGCAUCUGAUCAAGCACAUUCCUCUGUAGAAAAGGCUGGCUUGAUUUCUCUUGUGAAGAUAAAAUUUCUGCCUGUGGAUGAGAACUUUUCCCUCAGAGGUGAAACUUUGAAGAAAGCCAUUGCAGAAGACAGAAAGAAAGGCCUAGUGCCAGUCUUUGUUUGUGCAACUUUGGGUACAACUGGUGUCUGUGCUUUUGACAAUCUCUCAGAACUGGGUCCAGUUUGUGAUGCUGAGGGACUCUGGCUUCAUAUUGAUGCUGCAUAUGCAGGAACAGCAUUUGUAUGUCCUGAAUUUCGAUUGUUUUUGGAUGGAAUUGAAUAUGCAGAUUCCUUUACUUUUAAUCCUUCUAAGUGGAUGAUGGUCCAUUUUGACUGCACUGGAUUUUGGGUUAAAGAUAAAUACAAGUUGCAUCAAACCUUCAGUGUCAACCCUGUCUACCUCAGACAUGCCAAUUCAGGAGCUGCAAUUGACUUCAUGCACUGGCAAAUCCCACUGAGUCGUCGAUUUCGUUCUUUGAAGCUGUGGUUUGUGCUUCGUUCCUUUGGGGUGAAAAAGCUUCAAGCUCACGUCCGGCAGGGUACUGAAACAGCCAAAUUCUUUGAAUCCUUGGUUAAAAGUGACCCACUCUUUGAAAUUCCUGCCAAGAGACAUCUUGGGCUGGUUGUAUUUCGCCUAAAGGGUCCCAAUUGGCUGACAGAAAAACUCCUGAAAGAACUAAGCAGUUCUGGCAGGCUCUUCCUCAUUCCAGCAACCAUCCAUGACAAGUUCAUCAUUCGCUUUACUGUGACAUCCCAGUUCACAACCAGGGAAGAUGUUCUGCAGGACUGGAGCAUCAUUCAACACACUGCAGCCCAAAUCAUUAGCCAGAAUUAUGGGUUGCACUGCAUCAAUUCUGGUGAUGGGGCAGGAAUCCCCACUACAAUAGUUCAGCCUUCUUCUGAUGCCAUUAGCAAUGUUCCUCAGCUUUAUUUAGAUCGAGGGAAAUAUAAAACACCUUCCAGAAAAACAGUAGUACAGCCUAAGAAAUUAUCAGUAAGUCCCAGUAAGUGUGUGAUUAGUCAGCAGGUGAAAGGUCAAGAGGAUCCUCUGGAUGAUUGUUUUCCAGAAGAUGUCCAAAAUGUUACCAAACAUAAGUUAACCUCUUUUUUAUUCAGUUAUUUCUCUGUUCAAGGCAAGAGAAAGACAGCACGUUCCCUUAGCUGCACCAGUGUGCCAAUGACUGGUAAUCUGGAGCAAUGUAACCCCAAAGCAGCAGCCACUGACAAGAAGGAGUCUCGUGCAAGUGCCAGAGUUCUUUCCAGGCUGCCUGAAGACAUGAUGAUGUUUAAAAAAGGUGCCUUCAAAAAACUAAUUAAAUUCUACAGUGUCCCAAGCUUUCCAGAGUGUAGCAUUCAGUGUGGCCUUCAGCUGCCUUGUUGUCCUCUGCAGGCCAUUGUUUAACAAGGAAUACAGGGCAGAGGGCAAUGCAGUAGAUGGUAGAAGUCAAAGAUGAGCAUGGAAUGCUGGAAUUGCAAAACACUGCUUCAAGGAGUGAUUCAAGAAAGAAAUCUGAACCAUUGAGCAAAGAUAAAUAAUGUGCAUAAAUUGCAA